AUGACGGUCCAUACACUCGCCAUCGCCGUCGUGACGGUUGUCUACUUCAUCAUCCGCUACCUGAACCGCACAGAUGUCCCCAAAAUCAAGGGCAUACCCGAGAUCCCGGGCGUACCGAUGUUCGGCAACCUGCUGCAACUGGGCGACCAACAUGCAGUCGUCGCGGGCAAAUGGGCGAAGAAAUUCGGUCCGGUGUUCCAAGUGCGCAUGGGCAACAAGCGUAUCGUAUUUGCCAACAGUUUCGACUCGGUGCGCCAGCUGUGGAUCAAGGACCAGUCAGCCCUCAUCUCGCGGCCCACCUUCCACACCUUCCACAGCGUUGUCUCCAGCUCGCAGGGAUUCACGAUUGGUACCUCACCCUGGGAUGAGUCCUGCAAGCGACGUCGGAAGGCUGCCGCCACCGCACUUAACCGCCCCGCUGUACAGUCCUACAUGCCCAUCAUCGACCUCGAGGCCAACUCCAGCAUCAAGGAGCUGUACCGGGAUAGUCAGCAUGGGACCCGCGACAUCAACCCCACUGCCUACUUCCAGCGAUUUGCCCUCAACACCAGCCUGACGCUCAACUAUGGCCUCCGGAUUGAGGGCAAUGUGGAUGAUCAGCUCCUGAAGGAGAUCGUUGACGUCGAGCGUGGUGUCUCUAACUUCCGUAGUACAUCGAACAACUGGCAGGACUAUAUCCCUCUGCUGCGCAUCUUCCCCAAGAUGAACAGCGAGGCGGACGGAUUCCGUGUCCGCCGUGACAAGUACCUGACCCACCUGCUGGAAAUGCUCAAGGAUCAGAUCAAGAAGGGGACUGACAAGCCGUGCAUCACUGGCAACAUCCUGAAGGAUCCCGAGGCCAAGCUCAAUGAUGCGGAGGUGAAAUCGAUAUGUCUGACCAUGGUAUCCGCCGGUCUGGACACGGUGCCAGGGAACCUGAUCAUGGGCAUUGCCUAUCUGGCUUCGGAAGACGGCCAGCGGAUCCAAAAGAAGGCGUACGAUGAGAUCAUGUCAAUCUAUCCCGAUGGCGAUGCCUGGGAGAAGUGCCUGGUCGAAGAAAAGGUGCCUUAUGUGACCGCGUUGGUCAAGGAGACCCUGCGAUUCUGGACCGUGAUACCCAUCUGUCUGCCCCGAGAGAGCACCAAGGAUAUUGAGUGGAAUGGGGCUACGAUUCCCGCUGGCACUACGUUCUUCAUGAACGCCUGGGCUGCCGACUAUGAUGAGGACCACUUCAAGCAGGCGGACCGGUUCAUUCCCGAGCGCUACCUAGAGCUCGGCGAGGGCUCGGGCACGCCGCACUACGGCUACGGCGCGGGCUCGCGCAUGUGUGCCGGGUCACACUUGGCCAACCGCGAACUGUAUACAGCGUUUAUUCGACUGAUUACGGCAUUUCGGAUGCAUCCGGCUCGAGAUCGCGCCGACCGGCCCAUCCUGGAUGCGAUUGAUUGCAAUCUGAUCCCAACGGCACUGACGACGGAACCAAAGCCGUUCAAGGUGGGGUUCAUGCCGCGCGACCCGGAGAAACUGGAGAAGUGGAUCGCGGAGAGCGAUGAGCGAACGAAGGACCUGUGA